CUUCUCCCACUAAAGUCUAUAAACCAAGAACCUUACAUACUUCACACUUCCACAACUCUCUUUUUAUAUAUUCACAUUAUCACUCAUCCAUCAUCCACAAAACGCGUUUUUCUUUCCAAUCAGCAGCUUAGUUAACCACCCACCAACAACCAUGUCGCUAACGGAAUGUUCAGCGACCAAACUAGCGGAGUUAAUCGGACCAAACGCCACAAACGCGGAAGCCGCCGCUAAUUUCAUCUGCGAUCAAUUCACAGCGGUGGGGAACAAAUUCAUAGACACAUCAUUCGCAAUAGACAAUACAUAUCUUCUAUUUUCAGCUUAUCUCGUUUUCUCUAUGCAACUCGGUUUCGCUAUGCUCUGUGCCGGUUCAGUUAGAGCCAAAAACACCAUGAACAUCAUGCUCACCAACGUUCUCGACGCCGCCGCCGGUGGUCUUUUUUACUAUCUCUUCGGUUUUGCCUUUGCUUUCGGCGGACCUUCGAACGGUUUCAUUGGAAAACAUUUCUUUGGUCUCAAAGACGUUCCAUCGAAAGAUUUUGACUACAGCAAUUUUCUCUAUCAGUGGGCUUUCGCCAUCGCAGCCGCUGGUAUCACCAGCGGUUCCAUCGCGGAACGAACUCAGUUCGUUGCGUAUCUCAUUUACUCUUCUUUUUUAACAGGGUUUGUUUACCCUGUUGUUUCUCAUUGGUUCUGGUCCGUUGAUGGUUGGGCUAGUCCAAUCAACAGCGGAAACCUUUUGUUUGGCACCGGAGUCAUUGAUUUUGCUGGCUCCGGUGUUGUUCAUUUGGUUGGUGGUAUUGCUGGUCUUUGGGGAGCACUUAUCGAAGGUCCACGAAUUGGACGAUUCGAUCAUUCCGGUCGAGCCGUCACACUUCGUGGACACAGCGCUUCACUUGUGGUUCUUGGAACUUUCAUGCUUUGGUUUGGUUGGUACGGUUUUAACCCUGGUUCCUUUAACAAGAUUCUCAAUGCUUAUGAUUCAGGUACUUACUAUGGGCAAUGGAGUGCAGUGGGUAGGACGGCGGUGACGACCACGUUAGCGGGAUGUACGGCGGCGUUGACUACUCUUUUUGGCAAAAGAAUUCUCUCCGGUCACUGGAACGUUACCGAUGUAUGUAACGGUUUAUUAGGCGGUUUCGCCGCGAUAACCGCCGGGUGUUCCGUCGUGGAACCAUGGGCAGCAAUCGUCUGUGGCUUUGUAUCUGCAAUCGUUUUAAUCUCGUGCAACAAACUCGCGGAAAAGGUUCGUUUCGACGAUCCAUUAGAAGCAGCGCAGCUUCACGGAGGAUGUGGCGCGUGGGGCAUAAUAUUCACAGCUUUAUUUGCUAAAGAAGAGUAUGUAAACCAGGUUUAUUCAGGUAAACCGGGUCGACCGUACGGUUUAUUUAUGGGUGGUGGAGGAAAGUUGUUAGGGGCACACGUGAUUCAAAUAUUGGUAAUUAUUGGGUGGGUUAGUGCUACAAUGGGUCCUCUUUUCUUUAUUUUGAAUAAAAUGAAAUUGCUAAGGAUUUCACCCGAAGAUGAACUUGCGGGUAUGGAUAUGACCCGACAUGGUGGUUUUGCUUAUGCUUAUGAAGAUGAGGAGCAUACAAAUAGAAUUCAAUUGAGAAAAAUUGAACAUAAUUCUUCUUCAUCUCCCACACCUCCAACAGAUUCGUGAUAAUAUUAAAUUUCGUUGUGGUUUUCUUUAGUAGUAUUUUUUAUUUUAUUUCUUAGAUCUAGAGGCUACAGUAUAUUUGUUUGUACGGACAUUUUAAUUUUUAAUUGGUCGUAUAUAUUGCUUUGUGUUAAAUGAUCCAAUUGGGAGAUAUUGCGUAAGUGUGGGUGGAUGGUUGUUGUGGACCAAUGGUAAGUAGCAGUAAACAAAUUUUUAUUUUAGGAAAUUGCUUCGGUGCAGCACGUGAAUUAUACUGCUUCAUUCAAGAUUGUGAUGAUUUAAUAAUCUUGUUACAGAAUUUCUUUUUUAAUUUUAUAUGCAUAUAAGUUUGUAAUAUAAUGUUUUUAAUUUCUUUA